CGAGAGUCUGCCGGGAAUCUCUAUUUCCCGAUUCUUUUUUUAACCCAAAAUAGGCUAGCGUGAUUCUGCGAGCUGCACAAGCGAGUGUUAAAAAAAACUCCAUUUGCCAAGCACAAGGGUUUUCUAUCUUCCUUCCUCUUCUACAUCCCAGCUACUACUACUUCUACUUUUUUUCCUUCAAUCAAAUAACUAUGGCAAACAAUCCAUUUGAAGAUAACCCUUGGUCAAACCAAGCCGGUGGUGGUCCGCGUUUCGGCAAUGCUUAUGAAGAUGAUCCACACAAUGCAUGGAGCAGCAGCAACAAUGGUUCGACACGCAUGCCGUCCCCUUCCGAUUAUCGUGCCAGCAACAACAACAGUACUAGUAUGAAUGCCUGGAAUGAAUCCAACAAGACCGAAUACCCGGCUGGCACAACAGACUCGCCUUAUGAACGUGUAUCCACCAGUACACCCACGCAACCGCAAGACGCUUACCAGUUUGCAGGAACACGGUUGGGUGGUGAUGCAGACGAUGGUGGUGGUGGUGGUGGUAACGCUUAUUCUAAAGUUCAAGUCAGCAGUGACACGAGCUCGCCAUCACCACGACCACCGCCUACACCGGCUGGCGGUAAGCCAAGACCUAAUCAGGCCGAGGUCGAGGAAGCGUUGCCUCCUGCAUGGGACAAGUCGAGAAUGAACCCAAAUAAGUGGCGAUUAUUGCUACGCGCUUUGCAGUUGAUUGCUGCUAUCGGACACCUUGGGUUUGCUGCAGGUGCAUCACCGUACUCUGGCAACGAAGUUCCAUUUGAUAGCUCUGCGUGUUUCUACUUUCUCUAUGCUGUAGCUAUCCUGACGAUCAUCUGGGCAAUGUUCCACCUCUCGUUCUAUUGCUACCGUCGCGUGGCCCAUGGAAACAAAAUGAACCGUGUGUUGAUGUCUGGUAUUGAUCUGUUGCUCACCAUUCUGUGGGGUAUUGGCACCAUUGUCGAGAUUGCCAUGUUCCCGUGCGGACCCGGCGAUAACAAUGGCUGGUGUGAUUUCUACAACGUCAGCAUCUUCUGGGGCAUGCUUUCGUUUGCACUGUUCAUUGCUGCUGUGGGUUGGGAUAUCCUUGGUGCCUGUGUUGCUCGUAGAAAGUAGCGCAAGCAGUUUUGCUCUUACUAUUACAAUCAACUUUUACUACUACUACUAACUUACUCAUUAUUCAUCAACACACACUUUGUAACAUACCGUUCAUGCAUCCUCACUGCCCGAUUACUUCCCAAAACCCUUUCCCCAUCUUGUUUUUAUGUUUCGUUACUCUCUAUUAUUAAAUCUAAUAUACUAUCACUCAAUCUCCUGCCCCUAUCACAUUCCUUUCUUGGUUUUUAUUCGAUCUUAACUCACAAUCAAAUGAAAUGUCUACAUAUUUAGAUCCACUGUCUACAUGUAUCUGGGCUAUGCAGCAAGUCGCAAACGUCUUUUUUCCAUAAAUCUCAACUAGAAGAACUUGACAGGCUUUGUCAACCAAUGGUUGGU